AUGCCACCGCGGGCCUCCGCUGGGCCUCGCGCGGAGCAGCGCCCCCCCUCGCCCCCUCGCCCCCUCGCCCCCUCAGCCGUGCUUCUCGUCGCAGACCCUGCUCCCUUGUCAAAAAUACAGCCAAGCCCUCUGGCCUGGGCCUGGCCUAACGCCGGGGCCAAGCCCCCGGGCUCCGCCCCUGUCCGCAAGCCCUGCCCCCAGGCUCAGCCCACGCCUCCCGUCAGCUGGCUCCGCCUCCCUCGGCGCUACCUGGGUUUCCUGGCGCGUCCACCUCCGCUGUUCCGGGCCCUUCUCCAGACCUCAGCCCCGCUCUGGGUUCCUGCAGCCACCUCCACCCCAGGUUUCCUCUCCUCCAGGGUCAUCCUCUCCCGUCCACGUCCUUCAUCUAUCCUCGCCCCUCCCCCCACUUCACGGGCCUGUUCCAUUUAG